AUGUGGACACUGCUGCUGCCGCUGCUGGCGGUGGUGGCGCUCGCCUCAGGGGCUGCCUUCACUCCCGACAGGGACUUACUUGAGUGUGCGAGCCAGAUCCUGUACAUGGACCAGCAUGUAUACGAUAUUCCAAAAAGCUACAACAGAAACAUUCCACCCGAUAAAAACACAACAGUUUACGUUGGAGUAAAUGUCAAUCGGGUAUCUGGAGUUGAUGAGAACAAAGAGGAGAUAACACUAGACGUGUUCCUGCAAGUGUCAUGGGCAGACAGCAGGCUGCACGUGCCACCAAACAUGCCCUUCAUUGACCUGCCGUGGGAGUUCCGCGCCCUCAUCUGGACACCAGACCUCUACAUCUGGCAGCUCCAGACUAUGCGAAUACUCUCCGUCCUCCAGGAGAUGGCGUCCCUGCGCCUCUACUCCAACCGCACCGUCUCAGUCAGUAUUGGUGCGACAAUAACAAUCAAGUGCGAGAUGGACUUCGUUCUCUAUCCCUUGGACGUGCAGAACUGCGCCAUCGACUUUAGCAGUUACAAAUACACGACACAAGACGUGCGCUUCGAGUGGCGCGAGGUCGCGCCGUGGCUGGGCAUCGGCCCCGUGGGCAGCGAGCAGCGCAGCCAGUUCCGUCUGCCCAAAUAUGUGGUCACCUUCGUCACGGACAAAAGUAAUCAUAUUCGCAAUUUUGGUGAAGGGGAGCACUCGGCAGCGCGGCUACAGAUCAAGUUGUCUCGAGAGCUGCGCAGCUACCUGCUGGAGAGCUACCUGCCGUCCUCACUGUUCGUCAUCAUCUCGUGGGGCAGCUUCUGCGUCAUCCCGGAGAUAGUGCCCGGCCGCAUGGUGCUGCUCGUCACCACGCUGCUCUCUCUCGUCACCAUGUUCGAUACAGUCAGCACAAAUUCGCCAGACGCGCUUGAGCUGAAGUGUAUCGAGGUGUGGUUAAUAUCGUGCACGAUAUUCGUGUUCCUGGCGCUCAUGGAGUACUUUGUAGUGCUGUUCGGUAUCCGUUACGACAAGAGUUGGAGUCGACGGCGAGCAGACCUGCGCCGAGCUGCAUCCGCCGCGCAGCUUGCGCCGCCGCCUCUACACAUCAACCACUCGCAGAGGCUGAGCACGCCGGUGACCGGCACGCCCCAGGGCGGGAUGUUCUCGCCAACGUUGAGCGUCGAGGAUGACGGCUUCAAGCAACAGAUGGAACACCAAACCAUUCAGAGGGACUCCCCGAUACUGGAGUCGAUGCCGUCGGGCGGCGGCGGGCCGAGCGGCGCGGUGGCGCGGCUGCGGCAGGCGGUGGACCGCGCCGUCAUGUUCUGCGGCGCGCAGCACGGCGCGCUCGACAAGUUCGCGCUCAUGGUGUUCCCUAUGUGCUUCUGUCUAUUCACCGUCAUAUACUGGACCACAUACCUCAGUGAGGCGCACCGCGCCUCGCGGCUCAAGUGA